CAUAAAGAACGCGUCAAAGCUAUAAAUAUUACACUUUAUCCGUGAUAUAUGAUAAACUGUCAUAUUGUGUAUAGCUUUCAUACAUAGAAAAAUAGUGAAAACAUGCAGUCCUUAUUAUUUCUGGUGGUAUUUUUACCAUUUGUCAAUGGAUAUUGCUAUCAAAGUUCUGGUAGAGUCGAUAAAACAGUGACUGGACGAUUGAUACCAGUAUGUUCAUACAAAGGACUCGAUAUAUUAGAUGGUUCCAGUUUUCGGACAGCAGAUUGUAUGGACUGUAAAUGUAGAAAUAGCGGACAACUAUCUUGUUGUGGAUACGGAAUCAACUCAGGAGUGUAUCUAGCACCGGUCGGCUGUAAAGUAAUUGCUGACGGUUGCGAUCCAAUUUUUGUACUACAAUCAGACGAAACACGUGACUGUAAAACUGGUAAAAAGAUAGAUUUAACACUGAAGCCAGAAAUAAUUCAGCCAUCUUUUCCUGGAGUGUAUCCGAGUACUAAUAUGUUCCCUAACACGAGGCUGCCAGAUUUAAGGGACAUGAUGAGAAAGGGAAUGAAUUACCAAUACAACUAUCAUAGUAAAAAUGUAAACCCGUUUGUUGGUGAAGAUACUACCGGAAAUUCAUUGAGAGAUUUUAUGUUUAACAAUGGCCUCUUCGUCUAGUAAAAACUAAACUGAACGUACUUAUAACAACAUUUAUGAAAGAAAUUGAUUAAGUAAAGCUAUAUAACUAUCAUUAUAUGUUAUUUUUUUUUGAAUUGUAAUAAAAGUGUUUCGUUACAUUG